GGCAACUCAUAACAUGGAUCGCGCUGCCAACCCACAGUCCAGCAGUCCGAUUUCCCGAAGGAGGGUACCAAUUGUGGAUGUGAUCUGUCAGUUUCAGAAGCUUUGUACACUACCUUCUUCAGCAAUGGAAGCAACAGACGAUGUUCCCGAAGAAAAUAACGCUGAUUGGAUCCUCGAUUCGUUGGUAGCUUAUCUGCAAGGACCUGUUUGGAUUACUCCUAUUCUGAAUUUCGUGGAGCAAAAGUCCGUCGUAUUUGAAGGUGAUGGUGCCGAGUUCGAGGAUGAAUAUCAAGGAAUCCACAAGGAAUUUCGCAAUUUGGUGGAUGUUAUGCUGGGUGCCUACAUGGACGAUUUAGGCCUUCAGCCGGAACACCUGGAAUUAGCCUUGAGUCGAAUCCAGCCUUCCGUCCGGUCGGCAGCUUUACAGCAACUGCUGGAGCCCGUACAAUCCGCCGGCGAUUACGAUCGUUUCAAAGCAUUGAUGCGCUCUAAAAAUGAGCAGUUGCACAACGAAGCUCUUGAAAUGCUGCGCCGAAAGCGUGAUCAUCCUGGGCAUCCGAGCAUUGAGAGUCGGAACGCGUCUAACGAUGAGUUUUCCGAAGAAGACAUCAAUGAAGCGAUUCGGCAAUCUAUGGCCGAACAUGUGGCCGAACGAAAUGCCCAAGUCGCUGAGAGGCGUGACGUGGACCGAGCUCUUGCUGCAUCCGUGGCUGGACUACUAAAAAGCCAAACAACUGACGAAGUUGUGGAAACGUUAGUAGAAGCUGCUCCCGUAACUAACGUUCAAACUCCGACCAGAGGUCAUUUAGUGGCAACAAAAGUCCCCGAUCCGGAAGAUGUAGAACGCCGCCGCGUUCUAUUACGCGCUCAGCGUGAUAAGAUUCUCAGCCAAAAGAAAAAAGAACGGGAACUUCAGUUACAUCAACAAGAGCUGUCCGAUAGAGAAGCAGCAGGCAAUAAAGUAGCGUUCGGAACGUCUAGACCGAGAUCCGGACGUGCGGCUCGUGCAGCUUUAGCCGGUGAAGCAUCUCCCGAGGUCGAUGAACGUACCAUCCAGUAUCGUCGAUUGCUCUUGCAGAAAAUUAAAGAAGAGGUGGAAGGAACUUCAAAGUAAAAUCUUGGUUUGACUGACAACUGAAACUAUAAAUUCUUACGUGUUAGAAAGACAUUAUCCAAAAUGUGAAUUUCACGCGUUGUACCCUUCAUAUAGAUCAACAUGCUAAAGACAACUGCUAAAUUUAAAAAUAUGGUUUCAAUAAUAGUGUAAUAAAACACAACAUUUUUAAGAUGAAUUUCAGUUGUAGGCUACUCGAAUAAUUAUGUAGGCAAUUUUAACGGCAAUAGAAUGGUGUGAAUAAACGGCUUACCUUUCCUUA